CUAUUUACCGUCUGUUGAAUUGGUUAUGGUUAAAUCCAUUGAAUGCAAUAAACAUGGGAACUGUUGAGAAUGUAUCGAAAAAAAGCUUUUGUGCUUCGUCAGUGGAAAAUUCGAAAAUAUUUUUGCUUUCUUAUUUCCAAAAAAGUAACAUUCAUGGAUUUGUAUAUUUUUCGCUUCAAGUGUUGUCUUUUCUGGAAAAACUAUUCUGGCUCGUCUUGGUGGUCAUGGCAUUUUCCGCUUGUGUUAUUAUUAGCCUUCAAUCCUAUAACCGGUACGAAACAAAGAAUACGGUCGUAACGAUUGAAAAGGAUCAUUAUUAUUGGAAUACGUCCAUGCCAAGCAUAACGAUUUGUCCCACCGUGAAUAGAAUCAGCAUACAAAAAUUUGAUGCAUAUUGCGAAAAGAAAAAAAUUCAAGGGACUGAUAAGAGUGAAUUUUAUCAAUUUAUCGAGUCUCUAGCGAAUUCGACUUAUACAAAUUUUGAGAACAUUAAAGAUUUUCCGAGCAUUGAGAAACUUAACAUUGAUCCAAAGGAUUAUAUGUCCCUUAUUUAUAGAUUAACCGAAGAUUGGAGUCGUCGAACGGAGGGUGAACGUAAAGUGCGUGGCAUAUUCGAUUUAGAAUUUGUUGUCACCGAACAAGUGCUCACCGAAUAUGGUAUUUGCUAUAUGACAAACAAUCACUUAACAAAGCAUUUGUCAACAAGCACGCUCAUAUUCGGUACGGAAGCAGAUUCUCCUUUUGAUGAGAAAUUUUAUCAGAACGUUAAAUUGCAUCAAGUGGUUUCUGGAAAUCUUUUCGACGGAGAUUUGAAUUAUAAUUUUGUUGGUUUUGUGGAUGAAAUAAUGCUUUUCGUACACAGUCCGUACGAAGCGAUAAACAUAGCCAAACUGAGCUACUAUUCAAAUUUUGCUGUGGAGUUUCAUUGUUUCACUAAUGAAAUUGUUACGGACGAAAAUUUUCAAGCUGUAACGCGAGUAUCGCAAAGGGGUUGUCGUUUUCAAAGUGAAUCCAAUCUAACCCAUUACAAUUUUUACACAAAAGGCAUUUGUUUGCAGGAAUGUAGAUUAAAUGUUGCUUAUAGGAUUUGUUCUUGCAUUCCGCAUUUUUAUCCAAACAAAGUUGCUGCACCGAAACCGGUGUGCAGCUAUAAACAACUGAAGACCUGUUUGGCCAAGCAUAAAGAUCUUCUAGUGAAAUUGCGCGACGAGAUGAACAACGCUGUGAAUUGUCCCGGAUGCGUUCAGAAUUGUAAAGAUGUGAACAUAUUCAUCGAUAGCUUUCAAGUAUUGGAAGGAACGACCGAUUUACUUGGUACGAUAGGCGGCCUGAUGAUCGUCAAACAAUAUCCAAUGAUUAGAUACAAGCGGAAAAUUCUAUUUUCGUUCGAGGAUUUGAUAGUUUCGGUCGGUGGUACAGCGGGCCUUUUUACUGGAUUCUGUUUUCUUGGAGCCAUAGAAAUUAUUUAUUUCUUUACCAUUCGAUUGUUUUGGUAUUUUAAGGGGCGUCGAUGAAUUGAAUUUAGGAAGAGGGUCAAAUAAGGACGACAUUUUUACCUGGAGUAGGAGAUCAACAUCCAGAAACUAUCUGAGCGACCGCUGUUAUUUUUUUUUUAUUAUCGAAAUUCACUCGUCAUUUAUGGACAGUCCCUCGCGUUUUUAUAAUAUAAUAAUAUCGAUUACGUCACUAAAUAAUUCAAAUUUCCUAUUUUAUACUGGAAAUUUUUGUUUCGGAAUUUCGGAAUUGAUAAAAUGUUUAUUUAUUGCAACCGAAAAGCUAUUUAAGCUUCAAUUUCAUUUCAUUACAUUUUGAAGUGAACUGUGAAAUUUUUGUCUACAAAUUUAAAUAAUUUCCGCAAGUAUUUCACAUACAAAUAUUAUUCAUAGUCCGAAUCAUUAUGCAUUCCGAUGUAUACAGGUUAAAAACGUCACUAAUCAUUUUCACUGUAAAUACCGAUGUGGGUGGAAUCAUCCACAACCCAUGUGGAGAUGAUGGUUUGAAAAAUGACUUCAAAUAAAAAGGCUUUGACCGCUGCAAUAUGGAAUCGGUUUUCAGAAAAUAUUUCUGUGACUUUUCUGGUUAGUUUUCUGGUCAUGGUCAAUUCGGAGUGAAUAUAUUGGUUAGAUACAGCUGGUCAUCUGUUAUCAACAAUGAAUGGUGACAAAAAUAAGCGAUGACCUGUAGCUAGUGUUAUUAUAGCGAAGCGUAUGAAAAAGCACUUGGAUCAGUUGGUUCAAUUUCAGAAUUAGUAACCAAGUUUAAUGAUUAUUAGGGAUGGGAG